AUGAGUCAACGGAAAGCAUUGCUUAUUGGCAUCAACUAUAUUGGCUCUCAGCACCAGCUUCAGGGCUGCGUUGACGAUGUAGGCAACGUGGCCGAGUUCCUGGUUUCGCGGGGCUAUAGCAAUCAUCCCACCGAUAUGGUCGUGUUGACCGAUAUGAAUUGUCCCAACACUCCUUUUUGGCCCUCGGGUCACAAUAUACUAGCAGCUAUGAAUUGGUUAGUUAGUGAACCUGGCUGUAUGUGCUUUCUACAUUAUUCGGGACACGGUGGACAGGUGCCGGAUCCCGACGGAGAGCGCGAAUCUGGCUUCAACGACACAAUUGUGCCCGUCGACUGGGAGGUGAAUGGCCAGAUUCCCAGUGAUGUGCUGCAUCGACAUCUAGUCAGUGCUUUGGCUCCCGGUAGCACCCUGUUUAUUAUCUUUGAUUGUUGCCACAGUGGUUCAGCGGUUGAACUUCCCUUCGUAUACCGAACAGAUGAAGACGGCAAUGUCAAUCUAAUGGACAACCUCAGGGCCGGAGCCGAGCUGAUUGGCGAGGCAUCUCAUCUCAUUCGGGGGGAUUUUGCGUUUGACGGCCUGGGAGAGGCGCGGCAUCUUCUAGCCGGAGCCACAAGCUUUUUCAGAGGACUCAAGCAUCAAUACGAAGGCGACUAUUCUGAAGGACUGCACGCUGUGGACGACUUCGAGGACGAAUGGGCUCAGGAACGCAAAUCUGUUUUCAUGUUCUCCGGAUGCAAAGAUGAGCAGACUUCGGCCGAUGCAUUUAUCAACGGACGGCAUGUCGGUGCCAUGUCCUGGGCGUUCCUGGAGACAAUGAAGACCGAUAUCCAUUGGAAUCUGUCGUAUGUGCAGAUCUUACAAAAUACGAGGGCACUCCUUCAAGAGCACUACUCCCAAAUUCCCCAACUCUCAUGUGGAUAUCAAUUUGAUCUCAACAACCCAUUCAGAGUAUAG